AUGCCCGCAAGCCAUUUGUAUGCAUCCGGCUGGUCUGUUGGUAAAGGGAUGUUUUGGAAAGUCCGGCCAGGACCGGCUGGCCCAUUCAUUAUGAGUCAUUGUCAUGUCUGGCUACUAUGUUUGACAAUACGGCUCGACGUCGCAGUCCAUCUUUUAAGUAUGGGAGCUCAGAACGUUGUUAUAACUGACAGCAACAUAAACGUCGCCAAUGCUGGACUGAAGGGAAUCUGCAACCUUCCUAAGGCUCAGUCUUCUGCUCUGGAUGGUUCACCUCAAUCUGCUUUACAGUGGAUUAGCUCUCUGAUAGAAAACUAUGCAAUGGUCUUUGAUAAUGCUGAUAAUCUGACACCUGAGGAACUGGAGCAAUAUUUUCCACCUGGGCUAGGAGGGAAUAUUCUGAUAACUAGUCGCAACUCUGGCUUAAAACAUUUGACUUUACAUGAGAGUUCUCUUGAGGUGAAAGAGAUGGAAGAAAGUGAUGCCAUCUCUUUACUCUUAAAUGCUGCUUGGUUGAAUGAGUCUCAGGAAGAUCUACAAGCUGAGGCUUCCAAGAUUCUAUUGAUCAGGCUGGUGCUUUCAUUGCUUUUGGGGCACAGACAUCAGAAACUAUCUUUAUGA